CCGCGCCGGGGCGCGCCUCCGGGCGGGCGCCUCCCUCUCACACUCGCUCAGCUGCCAGCGCCGGCGGUGGCUCGCCGGAGAGGCCCCUCCUUCUCGCCCCGCUCGUUUCCCUUCGCUCGCGGGCCGAGCGGGCUCCCCAGACCCUCGGCUGGCCAUGGCCGGCAACGUGAAGAAGAGCUCGGGCGCCGGCGGCGGCGGCUCGGGGGGCUCGGGCGCGGGCGGCCUGAUCGGGCUCAUGAAGGACGCCUUCCAGCCGCACCACCACCACCACCACCACCUCAGCCCGCACCCUCCCGGCACGGUGGACAAGAAGAUGGUGGAGAAGUGCUGGAAGCUCAUGGACAAGGUGGUGCGGUUGUGUCAAAACCCAAAGCUGGCGCUCAAGAACAGCCCACCUUAUAUCUUAGACCUGCUACCUGACACCUACCAGCAUCUCCGCACUGUCUUGUCAAGAUAUGAGGGGAAGAUGGAGACACUUGGAGAAAAUGAGUAUUUUAGGGUGUUCAUGGAGAAUUUGAUGAAGAAAACUAAGCAGACUAUAAGCCUCUUCAAGGAGGGAAAAGAAAGAAUGUAUGAGGAGAAUUCUCAGCCUAGGCGAAACCUAACCAAACUAUCCCUGAUCUUCAGCCACAUGCUGGCAGAACUGAAAGGCAUCUUCCCAAGUGGACUCUUCCAAGGAGACACUUUUCGGAUUACUAAAGCAGAUGCUGCAGAAUUUUGGAGAAAAGCUUUUGGGGAAAAGACAAUAGUUCCUUGGAAGAGCUUUCGACAGGCCCUUCAUGAAGUCCAUCCCAUCAGUUCUGGGCUGGAGGCCAUGGCUCUGAAGUCCACUAUUGAUCUGACCUGCAAUGAUUAUAUUUCCGUUUUUGAAUUUGAUAUCUUUACACGACUGUUUCAGCCCUGGUCAUCUUUGCUCAGAAAUUGGAACAGCCUUGCUGUAACUCACCCUGGUUACAUGGCUUUCCUGACAUAUGAUGAAGUAAAAGCACGGCUCCAGAAGUUCAUACACAAACCUGGCAGUUACAUCUUCCGGCUGAGCUGUACUCGUCUGGGUCAGUGGGCUAUCGGGUACGUUACUGCUGAUGGGAACAUUCUGCAGACAAUCCCACACAAUAAACCACUCUUCCAAGCACUGAUUGAUGGCUUCAGGGAAGGCUUCUAUUUAUUUCCUGACGGACGAAAUCAAAAUCCUGACCUGACAGGUUUAUGUGAACCAACUCCCCAAGAUCAUAUCAAAGUAACCCAGGAACAAUAUGAAUUAUACUGUGAGAUGGGCUCCACAUUUCAACUAUGUAAAAUAUGUGCUGAAAAUGAUAAGGAUGUGAAGAUUGAGCCCUGUGGACACCUCAUGUGUACAUCCUGCCUUACAUCAUGGCAGGAAUCAGAAGGUCAGGGCUGUCCUUUUUGCCGAUGUGAAAUCAAAGGUACUGAGCCCAUUGUGGUGGAUCCAUUUGACCCCAGAGGCAGUGGCAGUCUGUUAAGGCAAGGAGCAGAAGGAGCUGCCUCCCCAAAUUAUGAUGAUGAUGAUGAUGAACGAGCUGAUGACUCUCUCUUCAUGAUGAAGGAGUUGGCAGGUGCCAAGGUGGAAAGGCCUUCCUCUCCAUUCUCCAUGGCCCCACAAGCUUCCCUCCCUCCAGUGCCACCAAGACUUGACCUUCUACAGCAGCGAGCAUCUGGUCCUGCCAGCACUUCAGUUUUGGGAACUACUUCCAAGGCUGGUUCUGGCUCCCUUCAUAAAGACAAACCAUUGCCAAUACCUCCUACACUUCGAGAUCUUCCACCACCACCUCCUCCAGACCGGCCUUACUCUGGAGCAGAAACACGACCUCAGAGACGGCCCCUGCCUUGUACACCAGGCGAUUGCCCAUCUAGAGACAAACUGCCCCCUGUCCCCUCUAGCCGCCCAGGGGACUCAUGGUUGCCUCGGCCAAUCCCGAAAGUACCAGUAGCUACCCCAAGCCCUAGUGAUCCUUGGAAUGGAAGAGAACUGACCAAUCGGCACUCACUUCCAUUCUCAUUGCCUUCACAAAUGGAACCUAGAGAUGUUCCUAGACUUGGAAGCACAUUUAGUCUGGAUACUUCCAUGACUAUGAAUAGCAGUCCAAUAGCAGGUCCAGAGAGUGAGCACCCAAAAAUCAAGCCUUCCUCAUCUGCCAAUGCCAUUUACUCUCUGGCUGCCAGGCCUCUUCCUGUGCCAAAACUGCCACCUGGGGAGCAGGGGGAGAGUGAAGAGGACACGGAGUAUAUGACUCCCACAUCUAGGCCUGUAGGGGCUCAGAAGCCAGAGCCGAAACGGCCGUUAGAGUCAACCCAGAGUUCACGAGCGUGUGACUGUGACCAGCAGACUGACAGCUGCACGUAUGAAGCAAUGUAUAACAUUCAGUCUCAAGCACUGUCUGUGAUGGAAAACAGUGCCUUUGGGGAAGGGAAUUUGGCUACAGCCCACACCAGCACUGGCCCUGAGGAAUCAGAAAACGAGGACGAUGGGUAUGAUGUGCCUAAGCCGCCUGUGCCGGCUGUAUUGGCUCGCCGGACUCUGUCUGACAUCUCUAAUGCCAGUUCCUCCUUUGGCUGGUUGUCUCUGGAUGGUGACCCCACGACAAAUUCCAAUGAGGGUUCCCAAGUUCCUGAGCGGCCCCCUAAACCAUUCCCUCGGAGAAUCAACUCUGAACGCAAAGCAAGUAGCUCUCAGCCAGGCGGAGGGGCCCCUGCUAACCCUGCUGCCAUCGUCCCCUCACCACAGCUCUCCAGUGAGAUUGAGCGCCUCAUGAGUCAGGGCUACUCCUACCAGGACAUUCAGAAAGCUUUGGUCAUUGCCCACAACAACAUUGAGAUGGCCAAAAACAUCCUCCGGGAAUUUGUUUCUAUUUCUUCUCCUGCCCAUGUAGCUACCUAGCACAUCUCUUCCUGCCUUGGCUUCAGAGGAUCCAUGAGCUGGGCUCUUACUCAAAGGAGCACCUAGGAAAGCAGUGGCUUCUUUUGGGACAUCACAGUGAGGUCCUGCCUUUUCUGUGGGUAUUGACACCCAUGGUUCCAAAAUUUCAAAGCAGUGGAAUGUAAAUGGAGCAGCUAGUGUGUUUCACUGUUGUAUUGGUCUUAAAAGUAUGUUUGUAGUCCUUCAGUCCCAUUAGGAGAGAAUGGAUUUUAUUAAAUGGUAACCUACCCCUGGAACAGUACAGAAAGAGAAGUGCUGUGCUGUAGCCCUA